UUAAUAAAAUGAUUAAUUGACUGAUAAUAAAAAAUUUAAAAUAGAAUAAACUACUAAAUCCCUAUUUCAUGCAUUUGAAUGAUUAAAUCAGUGCACAUUCCUUUACAACAGUUUUACUCGAGCAUUAAAAUGAUAACUUAUUCCGUGGAAUCGCUUAUUCUUGCUUUUCCUGAUCUCGAACUGUUUCGCGCCAAACAGUAUAGUUUUUGAGAGAGUAUCAAGAAGCUGAUUUGAAAUUUAGAGAAAGAGAAGCUUGUUUUCUGAAGGAAGAGAGAGUGAGAGAGAGAGAAACGUGAAAACUGAAAAUGACAAUUGGAACUCUUGCACCUGAGGCAGAGAAUAUGAAAAUAAGGAAGAAGAGAGAAGUUUCUGAUGAGAAUGCACCUUUGUUACCUAAGUCUCAAGAAACAGAUGGCGACUUUCAUGAAUUUAAUGGAGCUUCAUUUUCUGGGGCUGUUUUCAAUUUGUCAACCACAGUUAUUGGUGCUGGAAUCAUGGGCUUGCCUGCUUGCGUCAAGAAGUUGGGGAUGGUGCCCGGUCUUCUUGCCAUAAUCUUAACGGCAUUAUUGACAGGGAAAUCAAUUGAGUUCAUGAUCAGAUUUUCAAGGGCAGGAAAUAUAUCUUCCUAUGGAAGUCUGAUGGGGGAUGCCUUUGGUAAAUACGGAAAAGCACUGAUAGAAACAUGUGUUGUAGUCGCUAACGUUGGUAUUCUAAUUGUUUACAUGAUUAUUAUUGGUGAUGUUAUUUCUGGAACUGCCUCAAGUGAAAUUCAUCAUUCUGGUAUCCUUGAAGGAUGGUUUGGUGUCCAUUGGUGGACCGGGCGUACUUUUGUUCUUGUUUUCACAACACUUGCUGUGUUUGCACCUUUGGUCAGCCUUAAGCGAAUUGAUUCAUUGAGAUUCACAUCUGCAUUAUCAAUUGGGUUAGCAGUUGUUUUCCUUAUCAUUGCUGUGGGGAUCUCAAUUUUCAAGAUUAUAAGUGGAGGCAUUGGGAUGCCAAGACUCUUCCCAAUCAUUACUGAUGUAGCUUCAGUUUUUGAUCUAUUCACUGUAACCCCUGUGGUAAUGUCAGCCUACAUCUGUCACUAUAAUGUUCAUAACAUAGAUAAUGAACUGGAGGAUUCCUCAUGGAUGCCUGGGGUUGUUCGUACUUCCCUUACACUAUGCUCUUCAGUGUACGUACUGACAAGCUUCUUUACGUUCCUUCUAUUUGGGGAAGAAACUCUUGAUGACGUGCUAGCCAAUUUUGAUACUAAUCUUGGAAUUCCUUUUGGUUCCGUGCUCAACGACAUUGUUCGUAUUAGCUAUGCUGCACAUCUUGUGCUUGUAUUUCCUGUAGUUUUCUAUGGAUUAAGGGUCAACAUAGAUGGUCUGAUAUUUACCUCCUCAAGAAGGCCUUUGGUUGCCGAUAACUUCAGAUUUGCAUCAAUUACUAUUGGCCUUGUUGUCUCUAUCUUCCUCGGAGCAAAUUACAUACCUAGCAUUUGGGAUAUUUUCCAGUUCACUGGAGCAACAGCUGCGGCUUGUGUAGGAUUCAUAUGUCCAGCUGCAAUCACUCUUAGGGAUAAAUACAACAUGGCAACUAAAACAGACAGGAUUCUGGCUGUCCUUAUGAUAAUCCUUGCAGUCUUGUCAAAUGCUGUGGCUAUAUACAGUGAUGCCAUUGCCUUGAUCAAGAAGAAUAAAACUUAAGGUGAAUUAUUUCUUGAUUUGAUAGUUCACAUUACAGGUAUUUUAAUGCUCUCAGAUGAAAGGAACAUAUCAGUUUUUUUUCUUAUAAGGUCUAAUGGGUUUACUUUCAUAUAAAGAAACUACCAUGUCCACUUGAUUGAAAGAGACAGAAGAAAUAAAUAAAAACUUAAACCCGUAUAUUUGUACGGUGUUUGACAAUAUAUUUGUCGUCAAAAUAUCAUCUCAUAAUAUGCUAUUCGUCGUUGUAAUUGAGGAGGUUUAUAUUGAAUGUGCCUCAAUCUCUCAGACUUCAUCACCCUCAUAAAUGUAAGAAAGGCAUUUGUUGGCA